ACAAACCCUUUGUGAUUUUGUACGACAACAAGAGGUCGUACCUGCGAACCGUGCUCGGAAGGGAAGCGCCAUCAGCGAAGAUGGUACUACUUCCUGCACCACGCAACCUCAAAGGAAUACCUUCAUUUCUAACGAGGAGCAAAUUGUGCAGGGAGCUACUAUACAAAAGUCGCGACACCGUUCGUUUAAUAGGUCUGCCUCUUCUAGGCAUAACCCGAACCAGACAUCAAAACUAAAAGACACUCUGAGCAGAAAGCCCAAUCGCAAGCAAGACGCACUUUCUGUACACACAAGCACUAGCGGCACCAGCAGCACCACAUCGAUCCAGUCAUCACCCAUUGAACCAUCUUCUUCUUUGCCAACGCUUUACACCACAAACACACCACCGGCUUCCAGCAAAGGUAACCUAUUUUUGCGGGUUUUGCGACGGUUUUCCAGCAAUAGCAACUCCCCAACUGGGAAGACCGGAGUGACCUCCGGAAAUAAAGACGAGGCAGCGAAAGUCAACGAAAACAACAACGGCACCCAAAACGAUCGACCGCAAGCGACUAACAUUGAUGUAGAUGUGCUUCGCUCUCCAGUCCUCCAGCGCAGGGAACACAAUGAGGACAAAAUGGAUGGCAAAACCGAGACGCCUGCAGAUGCCAUGAGCCAAAAAGCUGGUGUAGGUUCGGGCAAUUUAAAAAGAAAAGACAAGUCGACGGCCAAGGGGGCAACGCAAGCGGUUGCAGUCUCCGACACUAAAAAAAUGGAGGGCAGGAAGUCUUCUUCGGACACGGUGAUCGAGCCGUUAAUUAAGCAACAAGCUCCACUACACUCAUCCAAAACGACGCCAACGACCCUGACCGCGAACUUCGUUCAAAACAUUCGAUUUGUCCGGAAGAAUGUGGAGCAAUCUGGCAGAAACACCAAUCCCCUGCAGUUUGUCGAGCUGGAGACGGAGUUUCCGCGCGACUAUGAUGACAACAUUGAAAUGCUGUCCCGCGAGGCGGAACACUUGGAGGAACAGUUCCGGACGCCCACGCGUUCGAAUGCCACGGAUGCCACCUCUCACCAAGUGGCGGGCAUCAUCGAAACCAUAAUCACCGAGGCGUCACGGAGUCUGGCAAUCGAAAAGACUGAAGACGAUGUGCCAUUAAAGUCCUCCACCAAGCACUCGAGCGGUGUAAAGCGAGUCGGCUUUCAGGUCGAAGAGAAAGAUGACACCGAAAUUCUAAACGAGAAGCAGCCGAAGAGCAUCGAUGAUAUUGUCAAGAAGUUGGAGACUACCGAAGCUAGUGCAGAGGAGACAGCUGCCACCAGCGGCACAUCCACUGAUGCUUCUGCUUCGCUGGUGCCCUCUACAGCGGCGUUGUCGACUACCUCGUCGGCCACAUCGAUUACCAAGAGCAAAAGCGAUGAAGACGAUGAUCCAGUGGCCAUGUCGCCAUGCGGCCGGUUCUUUAAGUACGACAAGGAGGUUGGACGCGGUUCCUUCAAAACCGUCUAUCGUGGUUUGGACACCUUGACUGGUGUGCCAGUCGCCUGGUGCGAGUUGUUGGACAAGCAAGUAAAGAAAAGUGAACGCACCAGAUUCCGCGAGGAGGCAGAUAUGCUAAAGAAGCUCCAGCACCCGAACAUUGUGCGAUUUUAUACAUACUGGGAGUUUCCCAUUGGUCGCAAGAAGAAUAUAGUACUAGUCACCGAACUAAUGUUAUCUGGAACUUUGAAAUCCUAUUUAAAACGGUUUAAGAAAAUACACCCAAAGGUAUUGAAGUCAUGGUGUCGCCAGAUUCUGAAAGGACUUAACUUUCUGCAUACUCGUCAAUUUCCUAUAAUUCAUCGUGAUUUGAAAUGUGAUAAUAUUUUUAUAACUGGCACCACUGGCAGUGUUAAAAUCGGCGACUUGGGUCUGGCAACAUUAAAGAAUCGCUCCCAUGCAAAAUCUGUGAUUGGUACGCCGGAGUUUAUGGCGCCAGAAAUGUACGAGGAACACUAUGACGAAUCGGUGGAUGUCUAUGCAUUCGGCAUGUGCAUGUUGGAGAUGGCAAUCUCCGAGUAUCCGUACAGCGAGUGCAAGGGUCCUGCGCAGAUCUACAAGAAGGUGAUAUCCGGCAUUAAGCCAGCAGCGCUGGCCAAAGUGGAAGAUCCCAAUGUGCGCGAUAUUAUUGAGCGGUGCAUCGAACUAAAGAAGGAAGACCGUCCCAGUUGCAACGAACUCCUGGAGUCAGAGUUCUUCGAUGAGGACAUCGGUAUCCGCGUGGAACCCACGGCCUCCGAACAGUUCCUCUCCGAUCCUAAUAUCAGCAUCAUAGAGUUUCGGCUGCGUUUCAUGGAUCCCAAGAAGCGUUCGUCCCGACAUAAGGAGAACGAGGCAAUCCAGUUCGAGUACAACAUCAAGCAUGACGAGUACGAACAGAUUGCUCAGGAAAUGAUGAAGGAGAACAUUAUAUCAGAGGAUGACUCACGAGCUGUGGCCCGGCUGUUAAAAGUUCAGGUUGUUUCUUUGCUGAAAGAGCGCGCCCAGCGCCAGACGCAGAUCAAGCUGCAGAAUGAGAAGUCGCGCUUAGAAAAGCUGGCCCUGCAAAAGCAAAGGGAGAGUUUACCCACAAACGUCGAUGAAGAUGAGGAGGACGAUGAGGAGUCUGAGGAUGAGGAAGAUGGUGUGAAAUGGAAUCAGCGCCUCCAGUUCAAAUACGACAUGCUAAACACCGAUUCAGAGACAAGCCUCGCUCUCUCUACAAACAGUGCAGAACCACAGAUGCUCUCCACGCGCUCGAACACUUCCAUCCCAAACACAAACCAGCAGCCGCCAGUGCAAGUGCAAGUCCCUGUGGCCGUUUCUCAGUUGAUCUCAGUGCAGCCACAGGUCCCAGCCAUUGCCAUGCAACAGAAACCAACUGUGCACUACAUCCAGCCUCCGCAGCUUGCAUCCUAUCAAGGUUCGACUAUGCCAGAAAUGUCCAACAACCAACAAGUUAUUUCGCCAACGGGUAGCCAACAAAUGCAGCAGCAAUCCAACGUGGCACCAUCAACCAUCAGUCAUCAACAGCAACAGCAGGUUAGCAAUCAGCAGCAGCCGCAGCAGCAAAUGAUACAGCAAGUGCCACAGCAGGUACAGCCACAGACUGUGUUGUCCACACAGCAACAUGAACAACCAGAUCAGCAAACGGGGCAGAUUCAGAUUCCCCUCCAGCAGCAAUUGCAGCAACUAAUGCACACGAACGUACAGCCACCGGACAUGGCCCAGCAGCACCAAAUUGCCCAGCAACAAGCCCAGCAAUAUUUCCAACAGCAAUCGCAGGCGCCUGUCAACCAAAUACACCCGACUCAACUAGCGCAGCAACAGCAGCAACAGGCGUAUGCGAUGCAACAAACAAAUCAACAGCAACAGCUUUCGCAGGCACUUCAAAUUCAGCAGCAACAGCAGAUGUUACAGCAGCAACUUGCUCAGCAUCAGUUGCAACAACUCCAGCAGCAACAGCAGCAGCUCCAACAACAACAACUGCAACAACACCAACAACUGCAACAUCAGCAACUUCAACAGCAGCAACAACAAUUUGUGCAACAGUAUGCCCAGCCGAUGCCGCAGCAAUUAAUUGCUGGAUCCCAAGUGAUGCCUGCUACCAUGCAGAUUCCCGUGCAGAUGCAAGUGCCAUCUACUUCGGUGGCCCCGGUAAUGCAACAACCAUUGACUCAGACGUACAACCAACAGGCUCAGCAACUACAGUCUCAAGUGCCUCCUCAUUCUGCUGAUCCACAGCAACAACAGCAUGCAGGAUUUGCACCGAUAACUAAUCAGCAACAACACUCACAGUUUGUUCAACAGCAGCAGCAGCCGCCGCCGGCCCAGCAACCAAUACAGUUGUCCUUGCCAUUAGAGCAGCAAUUGCAGCAAUUGUUACACAACCAGCCACUACAACAACAACAGCAACCACUGCAGCAGCAACAACAACAACCACCGCAGCAGCAACAACAACAACCACUGCAGCAGCAACAACAACAACCACUGCAGCAGCAACAACAACAACCACUACAUCAGCAACAACAACAACAAUCUAUCGCCCAGCAACCUAUUGUCCAGCAGCAACAGCAACCGUCGAUGCCGCCGCAACAGCAGGCGGCACAGCUGAAAAACGUUGUCCAGCAGCAGCAGGCACAACCUCAAUCGGACGAACAGGUGAAGAUGCCUUUGCAAGGCAUUCAAAUCCAGUUAGAAAGUCAGCAGUUCAGCCAGAUUAAUCCAGAGCAGCCAGCUGCUGCAUCGGAGAUUACGUCAAUUAGCAAUAGCUUAACGCUUACUAAUCUCGAAAGUGCGUCGGCAGAUACAGAAAAACUAAAGCAGCAGCAACAGGGGAACGCCAAUGCGAGUCGUGCACAGAAACCGAGACGUUCCAACCGAAGCGGCAACGAACGGAUUCCCAAACUAAGUGUUACCAGUGUGGACGAGGGAAGCGUUAUAAAUUGUCACAUGGAAAACAAGCUGAAAACGAUUACUUUUAAAUUUGACAUUGGAGAUGUGAAUCCCGUUGAAAUUGCUAACAAAUUGAUCGCUCAAGAUUUGCUUUCAAAUUGCCAAAGUACAGUAUUUGUGGAAAUGAUCAAUGAAAUUGUUGACCAAGUUAAACAGAAUCCCAACCAAAUCCCUAUACCAAUCAAUUAUCGCCGCAAUAUUGAAAAGGUCCGACACGCGUCUCUAACUCGACAGCGUUCCACGUUUAGGUCACACCAAAGACAUAGAUCUCGGGAUGAAACCGCCAGCGACAUAACCAAGAUGUUCGAACCUACCAUCCAUGGUGUUGAGACUCUGACCUCCGGGGGAGGAGGCUCGGAUCAAACGAACACCACUUUGACCAUUGAGGCCAAAUCGCAUGUCUCUAAGAUAGCAAAUGCGCAAGAACCCCAGGGAAAUGUUGGCACACCGCCGACCACCACUUCAACACUGUCAUCAUCCUCAACUGCGUCAAGGGACGCGCCUAAUAGUAGCAACGACGUAACUAUAGGAUCCGGUUCGGUGUCGCGCAAGACGAGCACAGCCUCCGAAUACACAUCGCUGUCGAUUGACUACAUGCCCGAUAGUAACAUUACGCCAACAGGUGCAGAACCCGUACUUGAAGAAAUCAGGGAUAGAUCAAAGCCAUGCUCCCUGGCCAUUGCUCGGAUGCAAAAGCUCCUGGAGUCAACUGGCAGCGGAGCUCCUCGGAGCCUCAAUCUGCCCUUAAAUCGACACCUUAAGAUCCAAGAAGACCUAAAGCACACCAGAAGCCUGGACGACUUGACCGCAGUGAAAAUUACAUUUGACAUGCCCAACAAGACCUACGUGGAAUCAUCAGAGGACAGUCAGCCAGCGGCAGUCGAGGCCGAGAGGCCCAAGGAUAAAUCAGGCCACGCACAGGCAACUACUAAUCAGGGAGCUGGAGCUGCAAAUACCUUGGAGCAGCUGAAGAUCGAACUAGAAAACAUAACGCAUGCCCAUGCGUUUGCCUCAGCUGUAGUGGCCUCUAUCAACAACCGAGCUCCUCACCAGGCAUCUCCGGCCAUGUCAUCGCUUAAGGCUUCUUCUGGAAAUCCGCAGACACAAGAGCUCAACAAACCAAAUAACAAUGUUGGUGGAUCAACAUCCUCUGUGGGCCAGAACACUCCCAAUGCAGCAUUGACCUCGGCUAGGGGCUCUGGCUCCUCUCUUUACAAUUCUCGGCGCACUUCCAUCGACAACAGCGUGGGCUCCGAUGUGCACCUGCAGACUGCCUCUAAUCUUGAAGGACUGCCUGUUGGCAACUCGGAUCCGACUCCGACCGACUCCACGCCUGGUAAUGAGAGUCAACUAUCCAAGCAGCCCAGCCUGGAGAAACAACCCUCAGCUACUUUGAUUUUGACUAGCUGCAGUGACGCCCCGCAAAGGAAUCCCAGCAACGGAUCACUUAAUCAGAACUCAAUUGCGGACUUGGAGAAGAAAUUAGCAGCUUUGCGAAACGCAGAUAACCCCGAAGAGCAAGUGUCAGCCACAUUGUCGACAGUGCCUAAACAGGUUGAGGAGGCCAUCAACAGCAAUCCAAGUGCCCGAAAAAUUUCACGAUUUAGCGUUAGUCGUGUGCAGGAGCAGAAGGCUUCAGCUGCGGCUGAGGAGCAGUCACAAGGUCAGCUUAAGAUUGAUCUGCAGGUGGCAGGCUCUGCGUCUGGUCAAGUCCAGAGCAACAACUCAGUGCAGAACGGUAGUGUAGUGAACACACCAACCACUGAACUUAUAAGCUCUCCAAUUCAAACGGUUCCGCUACCAAUUAACGGAAUCCAGCUGAUUUACCAACAGCCCCAGCCGGUUCACCAACUGCCUGUAGGUAGUAGUGCCUCUUCCACCUCAACAACUGGAACGAGCUCUCAGUGCAUUGUGGUGCCUCAAGUUGUCAAUCAAAAUGGAUCAACACAGAUGCAACAAAUGCCCAAUAUGCAAACACAGCAGCCUCAACAACUUGUACAUCAAAACAUGCCCCAACAUGCCCUAAACGGACAUCCAAAUAUGGUCACCGCCAUUCAGCAGCAGGCCAUUCCGAUGCAGUCAAUGCAGCCGCAGCAGCAGCAGAACCAAAUGCCUCUUAUGUCGCAGCAGUCAAUCCUGAUGCAGCAGCAUCAGCAACAGCAACCGGGCAAUUCACAGGCAUUCAACGUGCCUGCCACACAACAGCAGCCAUUCAUGCAAACACAGUCCAAUCAGCAGCUUCACUCUCUCUCGCUUCCACCCCAGGUGGUGAGCAUGGCUCAGGGAAUGCCCCACCAGCUGGCUCCCAUGCCAUCGAUGUCUGCCCAACAGCAAUUGAUAUCGCAGCAACAGCAUCAAAUGCAAAUGCAAUCGCAUAUGCAGCAGUCUUACAAUCAGCAGGCAGGGGCACCCCAAACCUUCCAAGGUGCCACUGUUGCCAAUCAUUUGCUGCAACAGACACCGUUGAUGGCGUCCCAGCAAACAGCACAGCCUAUUCAACACGUUAUGCAACCACUUUUCAAUGCAACAGCUGGUGAAGUUACCGAAGAGCCUGUAUCUCUAGCAGCUACGCAUCCUCAUUUGUUACCGAGUGACAUACAAUCCGACAUUAAGCACAACCUAGACUCUCUAGUCAACCAAUUGUGCAACACGAGAUUGGGUACGAACCAGCACCAACGGCUGUUGCUCUUACGUCAGCGACAACUCAUUGAAGAGGACGAGCUGCGCCUAAAACAUUAUGUGGAAUACGAAAAGUUUCAGAAGGCUCUGCGCCAAUCAAUUAGCACAAACGUUCCAGCGACUGCCGCUUACUAUUCACCCGCUGCCGCACAGCUUCCGACUAACUUGGCAGCUCCAGCAGCGCCGUCCUCAGCAAAUCAAACAUCGACGAGCUCCGCAAACACAUAAACAUAGCACUCACCUUUGACAAGCCAUACCCACAACACUACUCUAUUUUCUCGGCAAUAUAAUUCGCUCGAGUGUGAGAAUGUCGAUAUUGAGGUAUAUUUUAAGCAAAAAGUUGUCGAAUGUCACGGGGCUGUCUGUAAAUAUUAGUCAAACACUUCUUGUUAAUAUGCCAUUUAUUUUCCCUUCUCUAUGUUUCAGUUUCUAAUUUCUUACUUAUUUUUUCGAUCUUGGCUUUUGUUUAAUUGUUUAAAGUAAAUAUUACAUCUUUAGGAAC